CCGGAGCCGCGCGAGCCCGUCCCUCUGAGGCGGCCGCGCCGAGAAGUUGCCUGCGGUAGUCCGGGAGCGUACCGCUUCUGCGGGUUUUAGCGUCUGGUGCGGGCAGCUGGCCACGGAAACCGAGCUCUCAUCUCUGGCCGUUCGCGGUUUGCUUGCGGUCGUGAGGGGCACUGAGAGCGAAGGCACCGGCAGCUCCGGAGGCGAGGUGGGGGAGCGGAGAGCCUGCCUGGCCGGCGGGGACGGAGUUUCUUUGCUUGAAGAACAUAAGGACUUUCCUUUCGGCAUGUUGUGAAAUAUUUGGGAUGAAGAAAAGUGAACUUUUUGAAGCAUUCGACUUGUUUGAUGUGAGAGAUUUUGGAAAGGUGAUAGAAACGCUUUCAAAACUGUCUCGCACUCCAAUUGCAUUAGGCACAGGAAUAAGGCCCUUCCCUACAGAAGAAAGUGUUGAUGAUGAUGAUGUCUACAAAGCUCUUCCUGAUUUAAUAGAUGAAACUGGUGUUGAUGAAGAUGAGGAGUUGUAUGAUUGUGUCUAUGGAGAAGAUGAAGGUGGGGAGGUUUAUGAAGACCUAAUGAAAGAUGAAGCAGCCCAGCAACCUAAAUACACUGAAAAUGACAUAAGGAGCUGCUGUCUUGCUGAAAUAAAGCAAACUGAAGAGAAAUACACCGAAACUCUGGAGUCAAUAGAGAAAUUUUUCAUGGUGCCAUUGAAAAGGUUUCUGUCAGCAUCAGAGUUAGAUACUGUUUUCAUCAACAUUCCUGAUUUGGUGAAAAUCCACAGGAAUCUAACACAGGACAUCAAUGACUCCAUCGUUAACAAAAAUGAUCAGAACCUCUAUCAGAUUUUUAUUAACUACAAGGAAAGGUUGGUCAUUUAUGGACAGUACUGCAGUCAGGUGGAGAUAGCCAUAUCAUGUUUAGACAACAUCUCUAAGACAAAAGAAGAUGUGAAAUUGAAAUUGGAGGAAUGUUCCAAGAGGGCCAAUAACGGGAAAUUUACCUUGAGGGAUCUUUUAGUGGUUCCAAUGCAGAGAGUGCUAAAAUACCAUCUGCUGCUCCAGGAGCUGGUAAAGCACACUACAGAUCCCAUGGAGAAGGCAAAUCUCAAACUGGCACUUGAUGCAAUGAAGGACUUGGCUCAGUAUGUAAAUGAAGUGAAGCGAGAUAACGAAACACUGCGUGAAAUUAGGCAGUUCCAACUAUCAAUAGAGAACUUGAAUCAUUCCCUUUUACAAUAUGGAAGACCUCAAGGUGAUGGGGAAAUAAGGAUAACCACGUUAGACAAACGUGCAAGGCAAGACAGGCAUAUCUUCCUGUUUGAUCUAGCUGUAAUUGUUUGCAAACGGAGAGGUGACAAUUAUGAGAUGAAGGAAAUAAUAGAUCUUCAGAAGUACAAAAUUACAAACAACCCCACUACUGAUAAAGAAAAUAAGAAGUGGUCUUAUGGCUUCUACCUCAUUCAUAUCCAAGGUCAAAAUGGCUUAGAAGUUUAUUGCAAAACUAAAGACCUGAAGAAAAAAUGGCUGGAACAAUUUCAGAUGGCUCUGUCAAACAUACGGCCAGAAUAUGCAGACACAAGCUUUCAUGAGUUCAAAAUGCAUACCUUCAGUCGGGUGACAUCUUGCAAAGUCUGUCAGAUGCUUCUGAGGGGAACAUUUUAUCAAGGCUAUUUAUGUUCCAAGUGUGGAGCUGGAGCACACAAAGAAUGCUUAGGAAGAUUAGACAAUUGUGGCAGAGCUAAUUCAGGUGAACACGGGAACCUGAAACACGAGAAACGAACAAAUGGAAUUAGAAGAAACUCUAGACACGUGGACCCAGGCUUACCAAAAAUGCAGGUUAUUCAAAACUACAAUGGAAUACCCCAGCCAGCAACACAAGAUGGUCCACCACUGCAUAUCCAGGUUGGGGACACCGUUGAACUAAUCAGAGGAGAUGCACAUAGCUUAUUUUGGCAGGGCAGAAAUUUAACAACAGGAGAACUUGGAUUCUUCCCAAGUGAUGCAGUCAAGCCUAGUCCCUGUGUUCCUAAACCAGUAGACUACUCUUCACAACUGUGGUUUGCAGGAGCAAUGGAAAGAUUACAAGCAGAGAGUGAACUUAUCAACAGAGUAAAUAGCACUUACCUGGUGCGGCACAGAACUAAAGAAUCAGGAGAAUAUGCAAUUAGCAUUAAGUACAAUAAUGAAGUGAAACACAUCAAGAUUUUAACGAGAGAUGGUUUUUUCCACAUUGCAGAAAACAGAAAAUUUAAGAAUUUAAUGGAACUUGUAGAAUACUACAAGCACCACUCUCUCAAAGAAGGCUUUCGAAGUUUGGAUACUACUCUUCAAUUCCCAUACAAAGAAUCUGAAAACUCAGUGGGACAAAGAAGCAACAGAGCAGGGGGCAACUCCCCUUCUUUGUUCUGUGGGUUUUCUUUUGUAACUCCUCCAGGCUACAGCUUUGUUCCCCCUUCCUCCACUCCUUUCUGGUCAGUGCUAAGCCCAAAGGUGAUAGGCAUUGCCAUAGCCAGGUAUGACUUCUGUGCAAGAGACAUGAGAGAACUAUCUCUGAUGAAAGGGGAUGUUGUCAAAAUUUACACAAAAAUGAGUGCAAAUGGCUGGUGGAGAGGUGAAGUAAAUGGAAGGGUGGGCUGGUUUCCAUCAACUUACGUUGAAGAGGACGAAUGAAUUAAAACCUUUCCUUUGCUGACCAGCAGUUUCAGGGAUUGUGUAAAAAUUUAGCAUCUUCAAAGUAUUGUUGGUCUUAUUAAGUGUUUUAACAGAAGCAUUUUUGUCUGUCUGAACCUUCCAGUCUUAAUGUUGGGAUUUAUAAAGAAGUUUUUGCUGACAGAUGAUUAUUUUGCCCAAAGCUGUGCAAGAAACAACCUGCUGCUUUGCCAUCUCUGGGGAUCGGUACAAAGACCAACCCUCACCUCCCAGAAGAUCUCUGGAAAACAAAUUUCUUUAUGCUCAUUUUCAUUUCUCCCUGUAUUACAAAUACUAUCUCUGGCUAAAUACUUAAUAAGUCUCUUCCAGCUAAUAUCUGUGAUGGUACAAGGAGAUGAAGGCUUUACUACUCCUUAUCGCUGCACGCAGAAAACAGAGUUCAUUUAUUCCAGUGGGCAUAAAGUAUAGUUGGUAGAUCUCUUUUGCAACAUCAGACUACUUUACUUACCACCUUACAAGCAGUUUUAUGCUCACAGAGGCUUCAUGAAGAAGUAUCAGGUAAACAAGAGUAGCAGUCAUGCAUAUAUAAUUAGUUAACUGACUACUUUGCCUAAAUCUUCUAAGGAUUUGUUUAAAGACGACGUUUUCAAGAGGUGUAGUGAUGUGGUAUUGCUGGAAACAGCAUCCACAAGGUAGAACUGUGGGACUCUUCCUUUGUCAUCCCAAGCCUUUUUGUGGGAGGCUUUUUUCAUGUCAGCAGCUGAUCCUAAAAGCUCCACUGAGGAUAGUCAUGACCAGAUGAGUUAUAAAAAUUAAGUAUUGUGGACCUGUUCUGUAGGAGAAUACACUAAUGCAAGGUGAUGUCACUUCUUGAGGACAGAACUCUUUAUCUUAACCUUUUGAUUGAUUCAGAUGAAUGCUGAUGCUUUCAACACUGAACUAUCUUCCUAGUUAGGCAGGGUUUUUUGGGUGCCCUUUCCUGCCUUGUUCCCUGGGACAGUUCGCAGUUCAGUAGUGGUCUGGUUGAGUUGUUGUGAACAUUCAUAAGGAAAAAUGCAUCUAGGUUAGCUAGCUUCAAACAUCAGAACUUGUCAAGUGCUGUUCACCCCUUAGUGAGAGAGUGUUUUAAUAUAUUUAUGGAGAGUCAGAAGUGUUGUAGUUCCAACCUAAAAUAGAUGUGGGUGAUGUCUUCAGAUGUACAGUUUCAAAUAUUUAGGUAGUGGCUUGAAAACUUCUGAGAAAUUAAAGCUCUUCUAUGUGUUUUCCUUCUACAGUAGCAUUAACCAAUCAAGAAAGUUAAUUUAUCCUGUUCCCUGUCCUCUGUUUUGCUUUUCCCUGCCAUCUUUUCCUGUAGGCAUCUUGCACUUAGUGUGCAUAGACACUGCAUGGUUUAACACUGCGGUUUUACCCACUUCACAAGCAACCUAAUAGCUGCUGUUUGGCGGUACACUGCCAGGACACAUGGCAGAUUCUUUCUGGCUGUCCUCAGUGCUCUUUGUUUUGUUUCUGCCUGCCUUCUGGCCAUCAGGAAGAACCAAGCACAGCACAGAGGUUUUACAGUAAUCCCCUUCAUCUCUGCAGCAAACUUACCCAUCUGAUAAACCCGCUGAGUGACCAGGUGAAAAAGGGGGUCUCCUAGUCAGAACUCCUCUGCUUGUGAGAUUGGGCCUUGUAGGUGAAACUCUGCUGAUGAUCUAACUUAUCAAAGAUUUACCUCAAAAUGAUGUAAACUGUGAUUGUGUUGAGUGCAUUACUUGAUGAAGCAGUUGAGAGCAUUUGUAAAUAUGUAGAUGAUGCAUAAAACAUAUUCUGUAAAUGACGUGUACAGCAGUGUAAACUAGAGUCUUUGAUCAUGUUUUGCCACACAGUUUUAUUGUCCAAUGAGAGCUUAAUCUUAUAUUCCUUAACUAGACAGAACUGAUUCUUUUGCAGUUUUGCCUGCUGAAGGGAUAGAGGAAUAGGAUCUGAGUUUGUGGAAGUGUUUAGUGCUUUGCUGUCCCGUGGUUCGGAGAAGAGCUAGAUCAAUACAAGUUGAGAAAUGCAUCCUUUAUUUUCAACAGCUUGGUCUUAGAGUAAUCUCGAGUAGUCUCCAUCUUAAAGUUGCCUUUAAGCAAACGCUGAGUCCAAUAAUCAGCUCUUGAGAAGAACAAAAGCCAUAGCUAACCUUAGUUUUGUGGCAUAAAUCUACAUAGUGCUGUCUGUGUUUGAUGCCCUGUAUUUAUUGAGUUAAUGCUGCAUCUUAAACCACAUUUUGAGUACCAAAGACUUCCUAAAUAUCCUGGAGUGUCUCGUUCAUGUGCUGCUUUUGCCUAUAUAGAGGUUUUGUUGUCAUGCAAUAACGGAGUUACAGUGCUUUAUUUUGUACUAUUUUGUAAAUAUGUUAAAUAUAAUAAACUGGUUAAUUUUUUUGUUUAA